CUGCACUACAUUGAGAUAAGACGGGAAAUAUGGACAAGAGCCCAUUAGAGAAUGGACAGAUGAAUGUUGCUGUGGACUGGAAUCAGCAAUAAAAUGCUGCCUUGGAAGAAGAAUAAGUUCGACCUGAUUGAGGAAGACAAGCAAUCUAAACAGAAGGGCUAUGCGGUGAGUCUCAACUAUUCGGCGCUCACCUCCUUCGCCAAGUCCUGCCCCGAGAGCGCGCUCAACAGGGUGGGCAGCAUGUUCAAGUCAAAGAGGAAAAAGGUGAAGAUCACCAGCGAGGACCCCACGUACACGGUGCUCUACUUGGGGAAUGCCACCACCAUCCAGUCCAAAGGGGACGGCUGCACGGACGUGGCGGUGAGCAAGAUCUGGGGCAAAAGCGAGAUGGGCAAGAACGGCACCAAGAUGAGGCUGACCAUCAGCUCACAGGGCAUCCGGAUGGUGCAUGUGGACGACAAGGCUAGGAGACCGGGACACUUGUACUUGCUGCACCGGAUAACCUACUGCGUCGCGGACCCGAGGCUACCCAAGAUUUUCGCUUGGAUUUACAGGCACGAGAUGAAGCACAAGGCCGUGAUGCUGCGCUGCCACGCAGUGCUGGUGUCCAAGCCGGAGAAGGCAAAAGCCAUGGCGCUGCUUCUUUACCAGACCUCGGCCACAGCCCUGGCUGAGUUCAAAAGACUAAAACGGAGAGACGAUGCCAGGCACCAGCAGCAGCAGCUCAUAGGGGAACAAACCAUCCCGCUGGUCCCCCUCAGAAAGCUGCUGAACGGACAGUGUUACUACAAACCCCCGGUGGAGCGCAGCCGGAGCGCGCCAAAGCUGGGCUCCAUCACAGAGGACUUGGUCGGGGAGGAGGAGGAGGAGAAAGCGAUGCACUUUGAGUGUGAGGACAUUCUGGACACGGACGAUGAUUGUGUUGCCAAUGGCAAACGGGAGUUGACUCAGAUUAUUAAUGACUUGGGAGAGAUGAGCAUAGGAAACGAUGUGCAGACACUGAAAGCUGACCUUAGAGUCACCAGACUUCUCUCUGGAGAGAGCACGGGGAGUGAGUCCUCCAUAGAGAGCAACCAGGAGCCCCCUCCGCUCACUAAUGGGUUUGAGGAGGUAAAAGUGCAGGAAAUUGCCUGAAUAAUUUUAGGCACUUCUGGGCGCUUCUGACGCAUUGUUUUGUUGAGCCACGAUGUCUCCACAAGAAACAUUUUCUCUGUUGUCAAUCUUGUGUUGGAGAGUGUUUGUCUAAUCUGUGCCUCCACGACUAAUUGAAAAGACCCAGAAAAGAUCCUCCAUGGUUCUGGGACCAUUACCGCACACGAACACAUGAUUAGGCUACUGAAUGAUAUUUUAAGAUUGUGUAAACACAGAAAAAAAAAA